ACCAGUGCAAUCAGGAGUCUUCAUCGCAACUGUUUCCUUCUUUCUGUGUUACAUAAAACAAUGUCCAAGUAAUAACAUACAGCGUAGUGACUCUUGUUCUAACCAUUAGCUUUGCUCAUUACAUAUGUUGCUAUAUAAAGUUCAAGAAAUAUUUUAUCCGUAAAAUUUAUAUUUAUGCCAUGGAUCUGCGUGAGAUAAUCCUUCUCUGUGUACUGAUCUCUUUGGUCAGAGUCUCGAUACACCAGAGCGUCAUAACAUCAUUAACAGUAGACAAAUCAGACGAGAUUAUUGGGGAUGCAGUCAGAAUCAACUGCGAAGUGACCAAGUUUGCCCUGAAGUUUCUGACACCUAAGUUCAUCACCUCCUUGGCCAUUGUUAGACAAACGUUGAAUGAAUCAGACUUCUCAACACUCGUUUCACUAGAGCCACUUAAAUCUAAAGAUAUUUACAAGCUUACUUUAUUGACACCAUAUUCUAAAGUUUGGCAAGCAAAUUACAAGACUGACUGGAUAACAAUAUCCACAAGACUUAACCUCACUUUAAGGGACUUUCAAUGUGACGAUAUUGGAGCAUAUAAGUGCGUAUCAGCAGUGGAGAGUGACAGAGAUUUGUAUGAGAAUACAACUCUCAUUGCUCCUAUAACUGUGGAUUUAAGUUUCGCCCCUCACAAAGGAAAAGACCAGCUCGCAUCAACCACUAACGCAAAGGAAAAUGUUUCAUUAACCUGCGCUGUUAAAGGACCAUCGAACAUAAAAAUCGUUUGGAAAUUCGCUACAGUCUCGUCAGAUGAAAAUAUUUAUUCCGAGGGUGGUGUUACAUUUUACCCAGCAACACAAUCAAAUACUACAUCAGGAUGCGCCACUAUGUCCUAUAUUUCUGUACUACGAAGAACUCUACAGAAAUCCGAUAACGGAACCAACUAUUACUGCUGCGUGACGGACGAUAAAGACAGGGAACUAGCGAGAAAACAAUUCACUGUUUGGAUUCAAGAUUCGCACAGCCACAGCACUGGAGUGAAGGUCUCCAGUAUGAGACAGAGUUUAGCAGUGCUCCUCUUUAUGUAUCUCUUUAAAACACUUUAUCUGACUAACUAAUGACUCUAGUGGUGAUUGUUUGAAGAAUAAUGCGUUGAGAGAAAUUGUACAUAUGAGCCUAUGGUAAAUUAAAAACAUUAAUACACGUUUAAUGACCUUUCAUUCCAAAACAAAAAUUAAACUGUUAGCAGAAAUGUUUUACAUAUUGUGAUAUUUUAUAAAGAUUGUACGUCUAGAAUUUUAUUCUUUUAAUUUCAAACUAGGAAUAUUACUUUAAAAUUACGUUUCUGUAUGAAUAAGAAUGACUAAUUCAAAAUAGCCAUACAAUGAAUAUAUUUUUUUUUUAUUAACAAGUAGAAGGUCCUGAACGAUGAAACAAAUAGUCAACAAAAUCAAUUUUUAAAAAGUUACAACAAAAACAAGACAAAAAAAAAAAAACGCCAAUAAGUAUUAGAAAAACUGCUUCAAGGAUGGUUGCCGAGUCAUGUGACGUAUGCACUGGACUGUCCUAUCAAUGAUACUGGGUUUGAACCCUGUCCCUUUCCGACGAAGUAACAUCUGAAACAUGUUGUAAUGGUUGUAUUUGUAUAUAGUAUUGUAAUAACUUAAGGGAGACUACUCAACGAUGUAUAUGUUUAUCCCAGGACAUCCCAAACACAUAAUAACAAAGUCUGCCUUGAGUACAGCCUCUCCACGAGUUCCUUAUACACUCGCUUGGGUGGCUGUGUGCAUGGCAGGGCUUUAACAGUAUUGCAAAUUGUUAGUGAAUUAAAUCUUGGUUAUUAGGUAGGACUAAUUCUAUUUAUAUUUUUAUUGAUUUCAUUAGUCUAUUGUUUACAUUAUAAUGUAAAGAUACAUUUUCCUAGUUAGUUGUUGUUUUUUUGCUUUAACGGAAUUACAGUUUAUUUGAUUACAGGGUAUAUAACUGAGUUCAUCCUGCAUAACAAAUAAAAUUAAUGAAUUAUGUCCCUUAGCUUUGCUUAUACUAAUACCCAUUUUAAUAAAUUUGCCAAAUUGAAUGGAAUUUGUUUGUUUUUUUAAUUUCGACACUUCUUGAAGUGAAUUCAUUACAUCGAUUUUUAAAAAAAAAUGUCUCACAUCUUAUCUCACCUGGUCCUUGAUUUUAGUCGUAGGGGUGCUGUAACAGUUUGUGUAACCAAAUCCUUCCACUUAUUGUAGCAGCUGUUCUUAGAAGGAGAUCAAGAGAGAGACCGGUCCAUUCUUUUACGUUGUCCAGCCAGCUUCUCAUUGGUCAACCCUUUCUUGGUGCUCUUGCCACUGUACCUUGAAGAAUGACUUUUGAUAGUGAUUCAUAAACCAGCUCAGCUUUCGUCUCUACAGUUCUGAGGAGUUUCUACUUUUUACCAACUAAAAAAAAAAAUUAGCUUGUAAAUGUCUAGCUAGUAGAAUGACUAAGCGACUUGUGUAAACAAAUGGUCUUUGUUUACUUUUCCAUAACAAAACCCAACACUCUUUUGUUUCUAUGUAAUCUCUAUCAACAAAUUCGUGUGUUUGCGUCUCUUCUAUCGAAAUGUUUUAAUGACAAACAACAAAAUGUUGUAGAGUUAUAUUAAAAUAUAUGAUCCGUAGAUAAUUAACAUCUCUUUACGCGCUUAAUAUAGAAAUCCAACACUCAAGGUGGGUAACUGAGCACUCGAGACAUACGAAAGAAAAUUGACAAAUUAUAUCCCUUGACAACAGUCGUAAGAAAGCAUCGUUCUUUUGAUAACUAAAACUUGAAGAAAAAAAAAGUGUUCUUGUAUUUAGACAUUUUAUAAACACAAUUGCACUUAAGACAAAUCUUUGGCUAGUGAAAUAAAGUGGCAUGGGAUCUUA